GCGCGAAAAACUUGCUUGAGCUUUAGCUGCAUUUCAUAUUUUCAGAGCCAAAAUGCAUGUAAUCGCAGCAGCAGCCCUGGUCCUCGCGGUGGAAGCGUCCGCAAUGCCUGCCCUGUCGAACAACCACCAGUCGAACCCACACACGUUGAACAACGGCAGGUCGAGCAGCGACGCGUCCAACAUCAACUGCUCCAGCUCCCGACAGUGCAUGACAAACAUGGUCACCAAAAUCCUGGAUUCCAUGGUGGCACACAAUCCAGACAUCCUGCCGUUAGCAACGAUCUAUAGGGCCACCGAAAACUCCCACCCGGCAGCCCUGGGCAUGAUGACCUCGUGGCGUACCAUCACCAAGGCAGGCCCACCGAGCCUACUUGCAAUCGACACUACCAACGGCACGGCGUACUUCGCCCUAGAUAUCAACGAAGGCAACAACGAUAUCCAAAACGUUCUUCGGGGCCGAGUCAAAGUGAUUGGCCAGAAUAUCACCGAGCUGGAACUCUUCAUUAACCGCUUCCGCGGCGACCACGGCUUCUCCUUCUCGUCCCAGGAACUUCCAACCAACUACAAGGACCUGAUGAAUCCCCCGGCUAAUCGAACCAAGCCCAGCCGAGCAGAUUUAGAGGCCAUCAGCGUGGCCCUCUUCGCCAACUCCAGUAACCCGGCCAGCAACACUUCAGUCACUGUUGCCGACAACUGCCAGUUCACCGAAUUAGGCUGGAGAGUCAUCGAUACCGGAAACUACGGAAACGCUUCCUCUACCCCUCUCGGUUGCAACUGGCCCUCCGAUCACCCUACCGACCCCAACGCACGAAUCAACCUGGUGAUCGACGAGGAGAUGGGCUUCGUUAUCACCAGCGGCAUUGUUCCCGGUAAGGUCUUCCCCUACGCAAAUAUCACCGAGUCCGCCUUCAUCCCAGACGCCAUGACUACGGCCCAGGAAGCUCAGCAGGCUUGGAUCGAUCAAAUGGUCGAACUGGGUACGGUUCCCAUGCUGGAGCCUACUGGUGCUACUGGUGAUACCCUCGAAUUGCUCCAGUUCUACAACGAUGAGCUCCAGGCUAUGCAGAUUAAUGUCUACUUGAGCGGUCCGGGUAUGACAUCUCCUUGGUUGUCGUAGAUGGGAUGUUUGUUCGAUGCGAUGGCCUUAUAUAGGCAUCAAUUCUCCUGCCCUUCAUCUCGUAGAUGUCUAAUCCUCCCUGUGGUUGCAGCAUGAUGUGUAGCGCCUUAAAUAAUCAAGGUGCCUUCCUUAAUUCAUUAUAAAGUCAGUUUGGAGGAAGAAAUACGUUGAUGUGGAUCAUUAGUAGCGUUUGGAACGUGGCUAUUAUUGAAGGAAGAGUUUAUGGCGUAUCGAUUGUGCAAUUCUCCAAAAAAAAUUAAAAAAAUAGAACCUCUCCGUGUGGUACUCCGAA